AUGGCAACGGUGAAAGGAGAUGUGCACGACAUUGCCAAGAACAUCCUGGGAGUUGCCCUGGGCUGCAACAACUUCAAGGUGAUCGACAUGGGUGUAAUGGUGCCCUGCGAAACAUCUUGGAGGAGGCUGUCGAGGACGCACAUGAGCCAGCGGAGAUGCGAUCACCGAGUAGAUCUCGUAGCACAGAUGUGUGCGCAGCAAAAUCGCAGGAGAAAGUGGGUGUCAUUGGACUUUGCGGGCCUGCCUCUCGGUCUUGACUUCUGGCGAUUCGAGAAAUCAGGCUUCGCGCUGAGGCUCAUCACACCCUCCUUGGAGAUGGUAUAUGUCGCUGUCCGUGCCUCAACUGCUCAGCUGUCCGGAUUUGCGAUUUGCUACACACCGCCCCGCUGUCCAAUCUCAGGAGCAGAUGAAGGUGCCGUUGAUGAUUGGUGGCGCCACCACAUCGAAGCGGCACACGGUGGGGCGCCCGAAGAGUGGAUCUUAGAAGACAACUUGGAACCCAGCACCAUGAACGGCAACAAGGCGGUGAAGAUCACCACUAAGUACAACAACGCGUGA